UAAAAAAAAUAUUGAUUUCUUUACUUUAAAAUUUAAAAUUCUAUAAGAAUACAAGAAUCUGGUUAAACCUUGAAAUCAUGUAAAAACAAAAAAAUCUGUAGAAGUAAGCUGAACUGAUCUCUCAUCGGAUCUCUCCUCCGCCUCUCACGGCGGAGCCUCCUCUCAACGCGCCGCAGAACCUUCUCGCUGACGAGGUAAAGUUAACGAUGGCUGAAGCUUUUGGUGGUGAAAUUUGCGGCAUGUUUGUUCUUUCAGGAGGCUGAAGCAGUCUCUGAUUAACACUGAUUUCAUUUGUUAGGAGUAACUUAACUAAGAACUGGUUUGGUACUAUGUUAUCAAACUCGGCAGUUUCGGCCGUUAUCUCGGUACAGAACAGCAAAACCAAGAAAAUUGCGUCAGGCUAUGCUGUCCGGUCACAGAUGGGUGACUCGGCUGGAAUGACUGCGAUAAUGAGAUUGGAUUCGGAACAAUGCCGCUCUAAUGUGGCAGCUCCGGCCGUCUCAGCUGUAAAUGAUAUUACCCUUAAAUUUUUAAGGGUAGCAAGGUGACAUCUCCGAUGUAGCGGUUCUGUUGAGCGGCAUCCUGUUCCGAGUUUCCAGUUUUUUUGUAAGAACCUUUGGAGUUUCGAAUUUUGUAGAGUUGGCUAUGAUUGUUCGUGCACAAGUCUCUUCUCAAGUGCCAGCAUCUGAGUUUCGGAUUUUGUAGAGUUGGCUAUGAUUGUUCAUGCAAAAGACUCUUCUCAAGUGCCUGCUUCCGAGUUUGGCGUUUGCUCGAGAGAAAAAGAACACUCUGCGUCUAGCAUUCGAGUUUGCUCCUUUUCGUUUUCCUUACAUGUAUCCUGAUUUGGAUACCUGUUUACAUGACGAGAUGGCAGCUGCAACCUUCAAAGGACCUCCUAGCGAAUGUUCCAGGAAUAAGAAAAUGGAAAGAAGGCCUUCAGGUAGAAGACGUGUCUUUGUUCAGACAGAAACCGGUUGUGUUCUUGGCAUGGAAUUAGAAAGGAGUGACAAUGCGCACACUGUGAAGAGGAAGUUACAGGUAGCAUUCAAUGUCCCGACUGAGGAAAGUUCACUUAUAUGUGGCGACACAGUCUUGAAAAAUGAUCUGAGUGUAGUUAGAAAUGAUUCUCCACUUCUUCUCACCAGGAACUUUUUACAUAGAAGUUCAUCUACCCCGUGCCUUUCACCGACCGGUAGGGAUCUUCAACAUAGGGAUCAGAGUGGACCGAUUGAGAUUAUAGGCCGCUCGGAUAUGUUAUCUGGAACUAAACAAUUGGUUAAGGAUAUUAUGAUGGCAAUAAAAGGUGGCGUCGAACCAAUUCCUAUUCAGAGUGGAUUAGGAGGUGCGUAUUAUUUUAGAAACAUUUAUGGUGAAAACGUCGCAAUUGUGAAACCAACUGAUGAGGAACCUUAUGCACCAAACAAUCCGAAAGGUUUUGUCGGUAAAGCUCUCGGACAACCAGGUUUGAAAAGGUCGGUGAGGGUUGGAGAGACGGGAUUCAGAGAAGUUGCAGCUUACCUUCUUGAUCAUGAUCAUUUCGCGAAUGUGCCUUCUACUGCACUUGUGAAGGUUACACACACUAUUUUUAAUGUUAACGACAGGGUCAAUGGUAAUAUGCGUCUUAACAAGAAGCAAAUAAGCAAGAUUGCGUCACUCCAACAUUACAUUCCUCAUGAUUUUGAUGCAAGUGAUCAUGGAACUUCUAGUUUUCCUGUUGCUUCUGUUCAUAGAAUCGGAAUUUUAGAUGUACGCAUCUUAAAUACAGACAGACACGCAGGAAAUCUUCUUGUCAAGAAGCUUGAUGGGCUUGGAAGGUUUGACCGGGUCGAACUUUUUCCUAUCGAUCAUGGACUUUGUCUACCUGAAAACUUGGAAGAUCCUUAUUUUGAAUGGAUCCAUUGGCCUCAAGCUUCAAUUCCUUUCUCUGAUGAUGAGCUGAAGUACAUAUCUCGACUAGAUCCAUUUCGUGAUUCAGAAAUGCUUAGAAUGGAGCUUCCAAUGAUUCGAGAAGCAUGCUUGCGAGUUUUGAUUCUUUGUACUUUGUUCCUCAAAGAAGCAGCAGCCUUUGGUCUUUGUCUAGCUGAGAUCGGCGAUAUGAUGAGUAGAGAAUUUCACUGUCACGAUGAAGAACCUAGUGAGCUUGAGCUUAUAUGUAUUGAGGCGAAGAAGCUAUUAGAUCAUGAAGGUUUAUCAUCUUUUGAGACAAAAGUAGGAGACAAAGAUGCGACCCUUUUUCAGUUAGAUUGCGAGGAUCUGGAUUCUGAUUUUGUCUUAAAUAUAGAAGAGAAUCCAACAUCAGUGUUAUUACCAUCUCAAUUCCGAAUGAAAAACGGAAACUGUAGAACUAAACUUUCUAAACUAGAAGAGAGUGUAAUGGAGGAGGAAGAAGGCGAUAUUUCAAAGCUAUCUGUGUUGGUGAAAAAUGCGGCUAUCAAUGAAAAAUCUUAUCAGUUUUUGGGUGAGAAACAAAGAAGCGGCUCUUCGACUGCGAGUUCUUCGGUUGCGAGUUCUUCUGGAGAUAAUAGUGUGAAUGAUUUGGUGACAAAUUCAAGUUUUGUGAAGCUGACAGAUAUGGAUGAAGAGAAGUGGAACCAGUUUCUUGAGAAUUUUCAAAGGUUAUUAAUCCCAGCUUUUGUUAAUAGUAAAGAAAAGAAGAUGAAGAGGCAGAGACAGAGGCUUGGAACCUCAUGCAAGUUUUAGAAGCAUUAUUAUAAAUGAAAUAUGGUUUGAAACAAUGUAUUAAAGGCUUGUGCAAUGUGUCACACACUAUACAUAUAGUUUGUAAAAGAAAUUGUCAAGUAGUGAGUGAGUUCUGAACUAUGAAGCACAUACACCAGACAUCGGCAUUGACACAUCGGUGUUAGAGUUUCACAGGGACAAACACUCAUAUUUUCAGAGGUGGCGGUGCCUCAGAGGUUCUGAACCUUUUAUGUGAAAUAAGGUAAAGACAUAGACUCAUUAUCAUGGAGAUUUUGGGACUGGAUUUCCCUUAUUAUGACAAUCCUUAUAAAACUGGUUUUCAAUCUCUUUUGCAGUAUGAUCAAUAUCUUGAGGUUUUUUGAAAAUUUGUUGUUCAGAACUUGAUGAUCUCUCUGAACUGUCCUUAUAAACUGGGACAUCAUCACAAUGUUUUGAACACUUGGUGGUGUCUGUGUUGGGACUAUUACUUUGACUUAUAAACUUGUUGUUUUCGAAGAUGCCUUUGCCUUGAGUACCAUUUGCUUCUGUUUGUUUGGAUUUAUAAAUCAGGUCAGAAAUAUUAAACAAUAAAAAAAAGUGGAAAGCUAGUUAAUACUAACUCUAUAAUCUUGUGGUUGUAAUUUGAGUCCCUUGAUGCUUGUUUUUGUUGAUGAGUCUCUUUGGACAGUCAUGAGCAAGAGACAUCCUAGUAAAAGACUUGAGAGUAAUAUGAAGAUGAACUUCAUCCCAGUGUUUCUAUUUCU